AUGUCUAAAUUCUUUUACUUUAAAGAGGAACUGGCCUACACGGAAGAUCAUGUGUUGGUGAAGAGUCUGUUUUUGAUGAAUAUCAAAGAAGAGCUGGAGGAGAUACAGAUUCAAAAACAUUUCGAGACAUUUGGAUGCGUUAAACAAUUGCAUCUGUUUCCGAUUGGAAAUAAUAACGAGAGAUCUGGCUACGUUGUCUUUGGGAAUCCCCGUGAUGCUGCCCAAGCACUGUUGGAUUUCCAUGUGAUCAAUAGUUGCCAUAUAACAGUUAAGCCCAGUGAUAGUUGGCAGCAACCAGAUGCUGACAAAAUGCCGGAUAAACCGGAAAAUGUGGAUCCCAAUGAGAACACUGCUUCCAUUAUGAAACUGAACGAUUAUUGCCUGGAACAUAUAUUCCGAAAAUUAUCGUUAACUGAUCGCAUUAACUUUGCACGCACCUGCUUUCGUUUUCGGUGCAUUUACGAGGGAAUAUCGCCGAUGUUAGACAAAUCUAUCGAUUGUAAAAUAUUUAAUGAAAUGAAUGAGUGGGAAAUGCGUGAUUUCUUCCAACUUUCCGGACGUAAUAUAAAGCAAAUUAAAAGCGGUUUUGGAAGUUAUCACUGGAACCUCUUAUGCGAAUUUAUUGGCAAACGUUGCGUUAAUUUGCAGUCAAUGACUCUCUGGAACACCAGUUUAACAUCGGACAACAUAUUUAAAAUUUUUGCGAAUCUUAAUGGUCUUCAAAAUCUGGAAUUAAGUAAUUGCGAUAUCAACGAUGGGAAUAUACAAGCACUCGAGCAUUUGAGUCAGCUUAAGAAAUUAUGUCUUUCCCAUCAAAAGCUGAGUGCAGAGAGUAUCAAUUGUUUGCCAGCUUCUGUUGAGUCGCUGACUAUAAAUGGCUGCGUUUCAAUGGAGCACCCGGAAUUGUUGAACAUAAUAUUUGGCAAGUUUCCGCUGCUUAAGGAGUUACAAAUACCAGAUUAUGAUCUUAAAGAUCCAUGUAUCGAGCAGCUUAUCAACGACAAUUGCUGUAAAUCUUUGGAGGUCCUUUCUCUGAAAUGCGGCAAUGAAGCACUUGAAGAUUAUAAGCAUAUUGCUAGGCUGCCAAGCCUCAAGAAACUAACAUUGAUUAUCCAUCGUAUGGAAUGUGAAACGCCUCCAAUGCUAAUGUCAUGGCUGGUAAAGCAUAAGUCCAACCAGUUGCAACAUUUGGUAAUAAUUGGAGAGCGUCAAAAUUGUAUUAAUGCCAAUAUCAUUCCAAAAAUUGGAAAACUGACCGCAUUGCGUACGCUGUGUUUGCCAAAAUUCGAUGUGCUCAGUGAUCGUGGAUUAGACGAACUUUUUACGCUGCAAGAUUUGACAGAAAUCGAUAUGGGCUGUAAUCAAGAAAUCACUGACAAUGGGAUACUGCGACUUAUCCUUGCCUGUCCCAAACUCCAAGUGUUACAUCUGGAAAAUUGCUAUCGACUCAUGGGCAAGCUUUGUAAAGAUAUUAUACUGAACCUCCAAAACAAUAAUGAUCGUCCUCUUCCGAUUAAACUUUUUGUGUUCGGCCCCCAGGCUAAUGAAUUAACACUACUAAUAGCGGAUCUGGCUGCCAAGAAUAUAGUCGAUGUAGAGGAUUAUAAUAAGUACUAA